GUUCAUCUCGCCGGGCUGUGCGCGGCUUUCCCGCCGUGUCCCAGGGCGCCCCGCGGCGGGCUGAGGCGGCGGCGGUUGCCGGGCAGCGGCGGUGGCUGAGAGCCGGGCCUGGCGCGGGGGAGCGGCUGGGGGAUGAAGCAGAAGAGGCCGAAGGGCCCCGCUCCCAGGGUGGGAGGUGGCGCCCGCAAGAGGAGAGGUAUCAGUGAUAUCUCCCCUUCUACAAGUUUACCACCUCUUGUUGAAGGCCAGUUGCGCUGUUUUCUCAAGUUAACAGUCAGUAAAAUCUUAUGGAUGGUGUCUAAACCACCUACUUCUGUUCUCAUCCGGGUGAGGUGGUGGGGGGAGACAUCAGAUGGGACACUGUUUAAUCCCAGGAAUACUUCACAGACUGAGCAAAAAGCAGUGAAAACCACCACCCGCUAUGCAAUUCGCUGUGGGCCAAAACAGUUUGCCUCCUACCUGACAGAUAUGGGUGUUCUUGUACUGGAGGUAAUGACCAAACCUGACCAUCUUCCAAUUGGUCGAGCUCAAAUCAAUGGACUAUCACAACUAUCUCCAAGCCACCCAAUCAGUGGAUUUUUCACCGUUAUUUCACCAACAUCUGAGAAACUAGGAGAACUACAGGUAUCUCUAGUCUUAGAGCCCUUGUCUGAAACCUAUGACAGUAGCAGCUCCAUCCCAACCACAGAUGUGAGUUUAGACAUUGCUGCUUCUGCUCAGGGAGCCAGAGGGAUGACUGAAUCCAGCAAGACUCCGUUUCUUGCUCCAGCACAACUACAUGGACUGCCUGGUAUGGCUGGAAGAGAGUCUGCUAACAGUAGCAGGGCCGCUACGCCAAGAGGAAUAGACCACUUGCUCUUUCAAGAGAGUUCUGAGAACAUAAAGAACAGUUUCUCUGGGUCUCAGCACCGUCUGAUUUUACCAGAUGAAAAUUUAAAAGUGAAUCCUCCAAAGAAACAGGAAUCAUUUCCCAACAGUUCUGAUCUUGAAUUGGAAGCAGGAACACCUAUGGGGAGCCACAGUAACGCACAUGUACUGUCUGUGCACAAUCCAACUACAAAAGACCUCCUUUCAGUUCUUCUGGAUCAAGGCAAUAAACUCCGCAAUGCCAUGGCUGUUUCUGCAAUGAAAUUCAGCCCAGAUACUGAUGUUGAGUUGAAUGAAGUACAUCCUUCUGUAAAGAGAGACACCUUCAAAGCAACAGCAAAGAGCCUUAAAACCUUGGACCCUGAUGUCAUAUCCACUACUGAAGAUCCACUUCUCCUAGCAUCUGAAUUCACAGUUCAAGAAUUUGACUCUCAUGCUGAAAAAAGAGCAAUACACCUACUACUGGGCAGUGCUGAUUUAUCCCCUGUGCAUUUCUGGGAUGGGACAGGUUCCCCUCCAGAAUCUCUCUCUGCAGGAAGUGAGGUGUAUGACAGCGAGCUGAACGAUCCUCACUAUGACCAGAGUCUGCUGGAGAAUUUGUUUUACACAGCUCAUAAGUCUGAUACCAGUUUAAGUGACUUCCUCAGUGAUGAUGAGGAUAUUAUAUCAUCUAAAAAAGUAAUCAGGACAAAAAAGCUUGCGAAAGGUGACCACGGAAACCAUCAGAGGUCACAGAAAACUUUGGAUUCUAGCAUCUGUGAUCAGAAAGAAAAGGCAACAGAAAUGAAACCCAGCUGUUCUCCUGCUAGACCACUACCACUUUCUGAAGCUCCCACAGAGGAAGGACAAGCCAUAACCUUAAAUGUGGAUAGGCUGGCAUUGCUGGGUCGAAUACACUUAGCCAGAGUCAUAAUUGAAAGCUUGAGAAUUCCUCCUGAAAGCACCCAGACUACACCAGGCAAGAAAAGCUUCAUAGGGAAACCACCAAGACCAGCAUUAGCUAAAAAGCGCACUUUCUUCGUUGAGUACCACUUUCCAGUGGGAGUCUCCAAAAACGAAACAGGACAGAUUUCCCUAACAACAGAAGUGAUUCGCAUAGCUUCAAGUAAAAUCACAGGCGAAGUGGUGAAAUUUCAACAGCGGUUUGUGUUCCCUAUUCACUUUGGUGGAAUGAUGAUAGAGCACUGGUGGAACUCUGAUCUUGCUUUCAAAAUCUACAUGAGAAAAAGCACACAGAAAAAGCCAGUGCUGAUUGGCUCAGCAACUCUUACACUGCGGAAGGUUAUCCAGUCCGAACUGCUCACUGUCAGCUGUGAGCUACCUGUGGAGGAAGAAGGAGGUCAAACACAGCUUGGACCUAUAAAGGUAUCAUUGGAGCUUGCAGCUGACAACAAAGACUUUACCAGUGUCAAUGCCAGGUCAGCUAGUACUGUCCAGCAAGCCCCAGUUUAUGCCAUCAGAAGUCCAGGGAUUAAGUUACAAGAAGCUGACAGAAAUGUUAUACAUGCAAAAAGCCCUCGACUUUUGAAAGAAAGUAACCAGGAAUCCUCAAAGAGAACAGAAGUACCCAGAAGAGGGGCUCUGCCGUCACCACCAUCCAUGCCAUUGUCUGCGUCCCGUAACCUGAUGACACAAAUCAAUGCAUCGGAAGAGGAUGGAUUAUUAUUGCAUGUAUUGUUAAUGGUGCCUGAUGGAAAGGAUUUUAUUGCUGGAGACUCUGGAAUCCAUGGUUCCUGUAAUGUGUAUUUAAACUGCAAACUGUUCAGCACAGAGGAGGCAACAAGAUCUGCUGUCAUGUGGGGUACAACACAACCUGCCUUUAGCUUUUCUCAGGUGAUGCCUAUUUCAUUAACUCCCAAACAUCUGGAGAGACUCAAGAACAAUGUAAUGGUUAUUGAAGCCUGGAACAAGAUGCGAACCCCCGGAGGCGACAGACUACUAGGAUUGGUGAAACUUCCUCUGCAUCAAUUUUACAUGUCAUUCAAAGACCCCAAGAUUUCUCGCCUGCUGCUUCAAGCUCAGUAUCCAGUGGUUGCAGUGGACAGCUAUAUGUCUGUGAUAGAUGUUUUUACAGGCAAUAAAAACGGGAGCCUAAGGGUCAUUCUGGCAAUGGGUUCAGCUGAUCAAAUAGUGGCACUGCAGAGACUAAAAAAUGAAGAAGGAACUGUACCUCCCAUCACGCAGCGGCCUCCCCACUCUCUGGAUCCUCCCCCUGCGAGUCACUCAGUGCAGUUGGAGAGAGAGGUGGAAGGACUGAUGGAGCAUGCAUUUGAGAUUCAUGUGGGGAACGUUAAAGGGCUCACUCCCCUACAGUCCACAGUCUGGGGAGAGGCUGAUUGCUAUGUGCAGUACUAUUUUCCAGUUCAGGAGCCUGACUCCAGUGUGUUACAAGGGACUGAAUUGUAUGAAAACGGCAUUAAGUUAAAGCCUUUCCGCUCAGCAACUACUUUGUGCAUUCCUGAUCCCAUUUUUAAUGAUGAGCAUCAUCAUUCCCUGUUGGUACCUGCUGAUGUCCCAGUACAGAGGCUCCUGCUCAGUGCAUUCUCUCCACAAGGAUUAGCAGGAGGAGGAGGAAUCCAGUUUGAAAUCUGGUGCAGGUACUAUUAUCCUAAUGUCAGAGAUCAGAUGGUUGCAAAAGGGACCUUGCCGUUGUCACGCCUGUGUGCCAUGGUAACAAUGCAACACCGCGAAGAAGUAGGGAUACAGACCUUUACUCUUCCGUUAAUCCCAAGAACCGAAUGCUCAGAAUUUUGUCCACGAUCCUCAGGCUUGCUUGAUGUUAGUGUGAGGUACAGACAUUCACUAAAAACAGCAGGGGGAGUAAUAGCUGCUCGAGCCAUUUCUAUUUCUGUACAAAUACACAGAGCAGCUGGUUUGCAAGCAGCAGCCAGAGCUGUGGCAGAAAAGAACCCUUCACUGCAAUCCAGUGCAGAAGUGGGAGUUAAUGCCUAUGUGUCUAUGCACCUCUCCUUCCUACCUGAGGGGGAGAAGCGCACCACCCGAGCUGUGGCUCGAACUUUCUGCCCAGAGUUUGAUCACCACACUGAGUUCCCAUGUAACCUCGUCAUCCAGAGAAGCAGCGGAGAAGCAUGUUGUCUGGGGGAGCUCGUGCAGUCUGCACAGAUAGUCUUCUGCAUCUACCACCAGAGCAUCAAGUCAGCCACUGGUUCAAUGAAAACUCAAACAUCAGGAGACUACCUGCUUGGAACAGUCAGGGUUCCAACCAAAGACCUGUUGAUCAAAAGAUCAGGUAUUACAGGAUGGUACUCAGUAACCCUACCUGAGGAUUUGGUGCCUUCUCAUUGCACAAACAUCAUGGAAAACAUAGUGGGCGGGCUGGAGCUUUCUAUUACUUUUGCUCAUCAUGGUGACAGAGAACGAGUUGUGGAGGCUGCUAAGCUUUUAGGCUGGAAUCAUGAGGAAAACCAUGAAGAUAGUCUGGAUGAUGACGACGAAUGGCAUCUGAGCAAAAAUCCCGCAACUGUGACGAUUUCUACCCCCAGAGUGUGGUUACCAGUGCAUUGCAUGCUACUUGCAGGCCAGACUCACAUAAAUAAAAGCACUUACUGCUAUCUCCGAUAUAAAUUGUAUGAUCAAGAAGCCAUUUGGACUUCACUUCAGAGGCCAAAAUUAACUGAAGAUGAAAAACAUGUUACGGUGAUGUUUAAGAAAACAGACGAGAUGGAACUGACAAGGAGCCAAGCACUGUUGUGGUACUUCAGAGAGGAGAAGCUAGAAAUCCAAGUGUGGCGGGCCUAUGGGAAAGAAAACAACGUUGAAAGACCACUGGAUACAGAUCGCCUUAUUGGCUCUGCGUUUGUGGACCUUGCAGCACUUGGACAGAGGUCAAGGAGAACACUCACAGUUAGUGGUAUCUAUCCAGUGUUCAGGCGCAAUGCUUCAAACCUGUCAGGAGCUGCUGUACGUGUUCACAUUACACUUGCUUCCACUCAUGCUCAUAUUACUUCUGCUCAUGGGUUUGACUGUGCUGAAGACGUUAGUAACAGUGAAGAUGAAGGCGCAGAGAAAGUUCCUGACCCAGACCAGCAAGUCUUGAAAAGCCACAAUCAGAAACUGAAUUCCCCAAGCUCAGAAAUCCCUGUUGUGAAACCAUCUGAUGAGACUAACACAAAGGAUCUGGAAAACACAUUUGCUGUCACUAUCCUUGUGGAAAGAGCAAUGCACUUAAGUUUAAAAGGGAGCCCUCUCACUGAACGCGGAGUGGCAGCACCCAGUAGCUAUGUGAUGUUUGUGGUUGCUGAUGCAGAUGCUCCAAUAGCCACUGCAAUAAUAGAAAAUACUGACUCGCCAGUUUGGGACUUUCAGCAGCAAACAAGACUAUCCAAAGAACUUCUGUUGGAUCCACAACAAACCCUGGUCUUCAAAGUAUGGCAUAAAGCAGAUGUUGAACGAGUGAUAGGAUUUGCAUCUGUGGAUCUCUCGCCCCUUCUUUCUGGCUUCCAGUUGGUCUGUGGGUGGUACAAUAUUACAGACUUCAGUGGACAAUGCAGAGGGCAGAUUAAAGUAGCUAUUUCCCCUCUUGAAAAUAUAAUUCAUCUCAAAGAAGUAAGGCAGGCAAGGAUUCGGACCAAAGCACCAGGUUCUUCAAUUCCUGCACACAGUCCUUUUUCAUUCCAGGCAAGGGCCUUGUGUACUGCACUCCCCAGCUAUGUUACAAGACACUCUGGACAACUGUUUAAUACUUCAUCAAAGGAUGUUGAUUUUACUACUCAGGAGCGCAGAAUUAGUCCAACAGAGACAUGGACACCUCGUCAUGAAGAGCACAUGCAAAAUGUUCGCAGAUUUCAUGAGUCCUUGCAGCAGGUGGAAGGGAACGCACAAAGGGCUGGAAGAUUAGAUUCCCUGUCACAUUCAUCACGUACUUCACUUCUAACUGCUCUCAGAAGAAACUUGACUGAGCUGGAUGAGAUUCAGAGAUACUUCAGUCAGAAAUUAACCAGCUCUUUCCCUGAUGAUGGCUAUGGCAGCACAUCAAAGAGAAAUCGGGAACAGCAGGAUGGGGAUUGCCAAGAAUUUGGGACCAGAAUGGUAGAUCCUGAUGGACACCAUCUUUUGGAAAAAUCUAGUCACUUGGUCUCUCAAGUCAGCACUCUGAUCAAUGAUCUGCAGACUAUAACGAAAAAUACCAAAGAAUCUUCAAAUGUGCUUCAAGACAAUAUCAGAAAUUCAGGCACUAAACAUGCCCGUCAUGUCGUAUCGGGCCAAAAGGAUGGAGCAGUGAGAACUGAGAUGCACCAAGACCAAUCAAGAAUGGAAUCGCCAAGUGCCCACAUAGAUACACUAUCUUUAUUCUCUCUCGGAAGGUCUGCAUUUGGGAGAGGUAUGCUCUAUGAAUUUCUAGACCAAGCCGCCACUGAAAACGAGCAUGCUGUGUCAUUGGACCACAUCCAGACAGAGGAGGGUACACAUGCCAUCCGGUCCAACAGUGAUGAAGAGUAUGAAGAGGAUGUCAUAGAACCAAGGACUCUGAAUGAAAUAACUACUGUAACUGACAAAACCAGCCCCUGGUCCAGCAUUGUAUCUGAAGGGGAGCAGGGCCCUGACAGCCAGCCAAUAGACUUGAGAAAUGAGGACCAAUACUCAGUGACUACUGAAUGCUUACAAAAAGGAGCGAGUAUAAGAAGUAGCUCUUUGUCCAGUAUACUGGAGAACAACCACCCAAGUAUGCCCAGCUCUGCUAGAUCCUGUGCUAGUCCCUAUAUCGAAGAGAAUGAGGCAUGUGUUGUGAAAAAAGGCCUUGAAGGUCCAAACAGUGAUACUGAAGCAACUGAUUCAGAGCUGUUUCAGCCUGCACGUUUACCCAAAAUGCAUCAAGCAGCUGUUGGGUCAUUAGAAAAAGAGACUGUCAAUCACAAUAGAGCAAUUGAAGCCCAAGAAGCAGAACAAGACAAAGAGUUUCAUGCAAUAUCUGGAGAACCAUUGGAUUUACCAGGCGGUGGAGAUUUUGGUGUGGCCAAGACCAUUGCCAGAGAAAGAAAGGAGAAAAGCAGUGAGUAUUUAGAUGCAGACUAUCAAGGUGAGGAAGGAAGUGAGUCUGAUGAAGGGACACAUAUUCAGAAUUUAUCUGCGCAGUCAGAGUCUACAAGAAAUAGCGGGAGCUGCUCUGAUGAGAGCCGUGAGGACCUGCCUGAAGAGUCAGAAAAGUCUGUGAAAUCUAGUAUUGUGUUACCAGAUCCUAUUGUCAUUCCUAACUUUUUUCUUCCACCCCAACAUUUGGAAGUCUCCAUGAGAAUGCUCAAUAUUUCUUCUUCUUGCCCAUCUGCCACAGCUAAUAAAAUAGGAAAUGGUGCCGCAGCUGGGGGGAUUCCCUAUCGAAGGCAGAACCGUCACAAACCAAACCUGACGUCAGCUGAUCUGCCAGAAGAAGAAACAAAGAGAAUCGCCAGGAUAUUUUCUGCACAGUUGUCCAAAAAAGAAUAGCAGAAGUAUCCAGAGUGGCUGUGUAGAGAGGAACUGCUUUAGUACUCAUGCGCUACAUUUUGGGGAAACUCUGACGCUUUCAAUAGGAAGGGGAGAGGGAAUGACUGUAACUCUUCUGACUUCAAAAGAACAAUGUCAUCCUACCCGCCCCCACCAUGUCAGUGCAGAACCACUCUCCUAAAAGAGAAAUGAGAAGUAGAUUCUACUCUCAUUGAUUUAAUGUGUGUAAUUGUCCCUCAUUUAAAUGGGAGUUAACUACCCACGUCAAACAGGGAAUCUUAGAUGCAGAGUAUCCUCUAUUCCCAUGGGUCUGUUGGAAUUUGAGGGUGCUCCGCAUCUUGCAAGAUCAGAUCCCUGGAGAAAGGCACUGACUGACGUUAGUAACCUGAACAGUGUCAUCUGAUCUCUGGGAAGCUCCAUCGUGGGAAAUACUUCUAAUCACCCUUUUUUGCCUGCUAGGUAAUGGAACAUCCAGUUGUUUAGACAAACGACUUUUUCUUGACACACGGGGGGAAUGUUAGAAGCUGUUUCAGUUUUAAGAAAAAUGAAAUAUCUGUUUAUUUUUUUCCCGGAGAGAAAGUGCAUUAGAAUCCUCUGCAACAGGACACACAAUUGCAGUCUCCAUGCAAGUGUGCACAGACAACCCAGACUUGGGAAGCUACAGUCAUUGUUUUGUAUGCCAAUGACCUUUUUAAAAAACAUGUUGUUUUGUAAGACAAAUCUGUUGCCUUGAAUGCUGAAGUGCGGUUUAUUUUUAUAUGGGUUGGGUAGAUUGUAAGUAAAAUGUACAGAUACUGUAAAAUAAAUUAUCUAUGCAAGACUGUUUUGCUAGCAAGUAUGGAAUUUUGUGGACAAAUUUUUCUUAUUUUUAUUAAUUUAUGUAGUCAUUUCUAAUUUCAAAAAAUCACAAGUUUCAAGUCUCUAGAUAACUGACCUAAACACAAACCAUGCUAACUUAUUUUUAAUGAUAAAGUUUGUUUCAAUAAAAUAAAAUUUGUAUUUUUGUG